AUACGAAGAAAAAUAAUCCUCGCGAUAAAUAAAAAAGAAAAGAAAACGAGAGCGAGAAAGAGGAAAAGAAGGAGAGGUGCCCAGGUGGUGGGGGGCGUCGUCGGGAGGACGAGGAAGUAGUGGCCUGGGCGUGCCGGCGCGCGGGAGGUCGGGGUGGCGAUGGAGAAGGGCGCGGGCACGCGGCGGCGCCGGCUGGUGGAGAGGGGAUCGGAUCGCCUCGCCUUCAUCACCGGCCAGACGCGCAGCCUAUCCUGCGACCCGAUUCCAGGUUCGCCAAGUUCAUAUGACUCUGCUUCAACUCAUCAAUCUGAACUGCAGCAGACUGAAGGUGACUUUGGUGGUGAGAAGUUCAGCGACAGAACUCAGUUGCAAAAGUCAGUACCUAGAGCUAGUAUUCGCCAAGAAACCAGGGCUAGAACCUUAAGCUAUGACAACCUGGUGCCUGAACUCAAGCGAGCUGAUGCUCCCCAAGAAAUCAAGGCUAAAACCAUAAGUUAUGAAGACGAACUGUUCCACAAAUUUAAGACAGGCAGUGCAAGUGCAGUCCCUGAAAUUCAGCCAGUAAAUGAAACACCAUCGCGUAGGCCUGAUCCGGGAACCCUCAGUAAGAAGACUAACCAUGAUGAAGCACAAAGUGUCCAACCUAGGAGAGAGGUGGAAAUGAAAUCCAGAGCUGCACCUCCAAGUCAGUCGAACCAGGUGGAAAUGAAAUCCAGAGCUGCACCUCCAAGUCAGUCGAACCAAGCAGAUGAUGCAGGUUGGUCUGUGGAAACCCUGAAGGAACUCAUGAAUUUCACACCGCAGGAGAUUACCAAAGCCAUAUCAGCGACGGAGAGUAACCGUUUCUUAGCAUCCAUCGCCAUUGCUUUUCUGGUGGUUCUGUCAAGCUGGGGCCUAGACAUUGGCGGCGUCAUCACCAGAGUACUAGUUGGUACGAGGCCACUUCUAUUUCUCAUCAUCACAAGCAUUACCAUCGUGAUUACACAGUUGUUGGAGAACAAGGACCCCAAUGCGAGGGGCAGACCUGUUGGUCCCAAUCUGGGUUCUGCUGAUAGCUUAGGGCAAAUGCUGGACAUCGGGUUGCUGCUACAGAAAGCCCUAGGUGCUCUGCUGAUUGACUGCAGUGUUUGCGCUGUUAUUAUGAUCUGUUUUCUUGGAUUCUGAGGGAGCCUAGACAGAAAUUUCGCAGAAACCUUUGUAAAUUUUUUAUUCCUUGUGUACCGCACUGAUGUGCCUACCAUGCUUCAAUUUGUAGCACCUCUUUUUGGCUGAGUUCUAAUUUAUGUAAUCCAGUUUUCUGAACAUCUGUAGUUAAUUAGAGGUUACUUGAACCA